GUGAUCUGUAGCUUAUGCAAUGUUCUCCUCUGCGAGUGACAAAGUGCAGGGGACGAGGCGACUGGAUCAAGUGAUAUGGGAUCCUCGGGGAACAGAUCGGUUUAUUGUAGGGGGAGGAACAGAUGUGAAGAUGUAUGAGUGGGCACCCGACGAGGGGAAAAUAAAGCUGGUCACGGUGCAAACCGAUUUGCAGUACAUGAAGGCUCUAGCAUGGUCCCCGAGUCCGAAUUUCAACGACCUCGUCGCGGUUGGCCUCAGUACCGGAAGAGUUGAGCUGAUGCGCCUCAAUGCUGGUAAUGCUACCGCUGCCGGGAGGCGAAAUCAUGUAGAUGCCUCCAGAACGGUCUCGCUGUCUCCCAAGGCACAGCGCUCUUGUCACGCUCUAGCUUUCUCUGCUGUGGACCCCAACUAUCUUGCUGUCGGUCUCGACAAGGUCCGCAACGAGAGCAGCUUGAUCAUAUUCGAUGUCCAGCAUUCAUCGAGCUCUCUGGGUACGUCGUCUCCGGUUCCGUCGUCAGGAUCACGCCCUCAACCGGCGCUGAAUCAUCGUGGCACCGGCUCCGCGUUUAAAGGAGAGACUCCGGCUCUGCAAGCUUAUGCAUCGGCGGAGUUGGUCCAUUCCAUUGCUUGGGUACCAUAUACACACACCUCAAUUCUUGCGGGCAUGUCUCAGAAGUCCAUUCGACUCUAUGAUUUGCGUGAUAACAUUACGGCUACUGGUUAUUCUCAGUUUUGGAACACCAAGUGGUCCAACGGAUUAUGCUUCGACCCAUUUGAUAGCUUUUUGUUCGCAAGUUACGGCGAAGAUUCAAGAGUCUGUGUGUGGGAUCGGCGAAAACCUGUGGAGCCCGUUCUUUACCUGGAUGACAUGGAUGCUCGGGAAGGUAGUAGACCCCGAACGAUUUCCGCGCUCGCCUGGUCACCAACGCACAGGGGUACUCUCGUGUCCCUUGCGAGGGAUAGCACUGCGCUACGCAUCUGGAAUAUCGCUACCAGCGAUCGCGUCGUUGAGGAGAAGCCUUUGUUAGAUGAAGGCAAACGCGAGCGGCCAAGAUCCCAUUCCGUGGCAUCUGUGGCCUCUACUGCGGACAACUCAGUCUCGGGAAGCUCAGGUAUCUCUUCACAGAAUCAUCUCAUCCUGAUUAGCAUGAAAAAGAGUGCAAUGGUCUCCUAUCCCAUCACGUCAUUUGCUUUCGUUCCGCAUGGCUCGCCCAACAAUAGCUCGCCUCAUGUAGUAACUCUUGGAAAAGAGGGACGUAACAUUGACGUUCGACCUCUGACUUCUUUCUGUCAGCACAUAUGGGGAUCAAGAGGCCAUCUAGCCAUCGGGAGCGAAUGCGUGCUGCGCAUUUUGCAGCCCGUGGAAUCCACAGAUCCCGUGGCCCAUGUGCCCAUGGUGCUGGGAGAAGCUAUUCGGGUAACUUCCCCGGUGGUGGUGAACGGAAAUGCUGCUAGAGAUAACAAGGAUGCAAGACGAGGCAUAACAAGAACCUCGAGCCGUACACAUCUCCGCCCCUCCAUGCUUUCUGGUAGAAGUGACAGUCCUGCAUCCGUGCCGCAACUGUCAGUAUCACGGAGCGCCGCCUCUCCAACCCGAGAUACAGAUGGGACUGCAACUCCCCGGCCUGCUUUACGCGCGCUACCAUCUACGUCUACGAUUGCCGCGGACCCUGCCCCUGCACGCCGCCUGACGUUAGCGUCAUCGCAGCCACAACAAGUUCAACAUGCACACGAAAAUCAGACAACGCGCAAACAAUCUUCCAGCACAAUGGAAAGAGUCCUUACUGGUGACCUCAGUUCUACUAUGUUGCACCGUGCGAAGGUCGGUUAUGGGCUAGAAAAUGCGAGGGAUAACGCAAAUAUCAUUGGAGAAGAUGCGGAUGGAGAUUCUGAGUACUUACACGAUCUUUGGAUGUGGAUAGAAGAGCACCAUAGUGCGCUCAUCGGAGAGUCAUCGCCAGAAAAUAUUCGAAUGCUGGGUUUCGAUUUCUCCGUCCACGGAGUAAUGGGAAUCUGGGACGGUUUUGAUGGUGCAAAGUCACCGAGCGAGACACCGUAUUCAGCUACGGAGGCCUCUCAAUAUCCAUUCCCUCAACGAAGCGAAUCACCUUACGACGCACACCGUGGUGACUUCGACGAGGCAAUUUCGCGCUUGGUAUCGCUUUCCAGGUUGGACAACAAGCAAAUGACGCACCUUGCUCCCACCAAGCAUAAGAAUCGUCGCCUUCUGGCACUGUCCCUUUCAGGGUGGUGUCUGAGCGACGAGGAACUGUUCCGUUCCAUGCACAACUGGGAAGAGACCGGCCAACACGCCAAAGCAGCCUGCUGGUCUUUAUUCACUCACAACGUGGACAGAGCUGUCGAUAUUCUAAUGCGCAGCGGGGAUGAGCAAUCCCGAGCAUUUUCUGCGGCAGUGGCGGGAUUUGAUGAUCAGCGGGAUAAGGAUCCGGACAGAAUCAUUGACCCCCGGACACAACGAUGGAGAGAUCAGUGCGAGAAACUGAUUGUACGCACCCAGGAUCCAUAUUUACGAACACUACUUCAGUACAUGGUGACCGAUGGCUGGCUCGAUGUUCUCGAUGAGCAGUCGCUUCCGCUGAAGGAUAGACUCGGAAUUGCUUUCAUGUUUCUUCAUGACGACCAGAUCUCAUCCUGGCUCCACAGACUAAGCAGGCGCAAAGGCUCGAAGGGUCAUAUAGAUGCACUUCUGAUCACCGGUCUCACGGCGCCUGGUCUCGAUUUACUGCAGGCUUACGUCGACUUUCAUGGAGAUGUGCAGACCGCGGCCAUUCUUGGCACUCUUGCAUCCCCAUCUCUGCGAAGUGAUGCCCGCAUCGACCGCUGGGUAGAGGCAUAUCAUGACCUUCUAGAUCGCUGGAAGCUGUUUCAUGAACGGUGCCAAUUUGAUAUUGAGCGAGGGAGAAUGAUCCAAGACGCGAUCGAACAACAUCAGCUGGAAUCUUAUGAGUGGACGGAGCGACAAAUUAUGGUUCGGUGCCACUUUUGCGCAAAAAUCAUAAAUCCGGAUGCGCCGCCGUCUAUCCCUCAACCAGGCAAAGAAGAGCGUCCAUUGGUCAAUUUCUGCCCAAGCUGCCGAAACAAACUUCCUAACUGCUCUAUAUGUUUGGUGCCAGUUGGGAUGCCGUCCGACUUCGUACGUGAUGCGGGGUUGCGCAUGGAUGACCAACUUCGAGACACAUUGGAUAUUGGUAUGGUGUUCUGUAUGACUUGCCGGCAUGGGGGGCAUGCGGCUCAUAUUCUCGACUGGUUCCAUGGGACUGGUCGGACCGAUGGUAAAGGCCAUGAGGUCUGUGCGGUGGCGGAUUGUACUUGUAGGUGUGCUGAUCAAACAUGAACUGGAAUAAUCAACCGUAAUGUAUAUUCUUAUUCACAAUUAAUUUCUCUUGUUUGGAUGUAGUGAUCGUCACUCAUGA